AUAUUCACCCACACGGCCGUGCCCCCUCUCCUCUCUCCAGCCUAAACACCUCCCUAGUCUGGGCUGCGUCGCACUCCCCAGUCUGUCACACCAGGCUCCGAGAAAUCUGACGUGUUUUUCGCAUUUCCUGCACCGAGAGAGACGGAGGCAGAGAGCAGUGUCGGCGGAGGCAGCCAAAAGGUAUGUCCACGGGAAGUUUAAGCUCAACAGCCGUCAGUGGAUGAACCCAGGCCGUGCAACGACGAGGAGCAGGGACCCCCCCCCCCACACACCCCUAUUCACCUACCUACCUACCGCCUGACUCGGCCCCCCUCCUCUCCGGCUCCUGCUGCGGUUGUUCCCAGCCGCUGUCUGGUCGCAGCGGUCCGGUUUCGCACAUCCCCGUUGCGCCGCGGCGGCUUCCAGCAGGCAUCUGGAGCCUCCCACCCCACCGCCACACGGUGCAAUGCAACACGGGCUACUGUCUCCACGGUGCCCCGCUACAGCUAACGGACUUUAUUAAACCCUCGAAGGGGGGGGGCCGUUUCACCGCCAUGGUGGUCUUCAACGGGCAGCUGAAGAUCAAGAUCUGCGAGGCUCUCAGCCUCAAACCGACAGCCUGGUCCCUGCGUCACGCCGUCGGCCCCAAGACCCAGACGUUCCUCCUGGACACGUACAUCGCCCUGAACGUGGACGACUCCCGCGUGGGCCAGACCUGCACCAAGCAGAAGACCAACAGCCCCGCGUGGAACGACGAGUUCACCACGGAGGUCCACGACGGCCGCCGGAUCGAGCUGUCCGUCUUCCACGACGCGCCCAUCGGCUACGACGACUUCGUGGCCAACUGCAUCAUCCAGUUCGAGGACAUCCUGCACAACAACAGCAAGCACUUCGAGGACUGGAUUGACCUGGAGCCGGAGGGGAAGGUGUAUGUUGUUAUUGACCUGUUAGGAUCUUCCAGUGAAGUUGCAGCGGACUCCUCCGAGAAUGAGGAGCGUGUGUUUCGGCAGCGGAUGCGUCCCAGGAAGCGUCAGGGCGCCGUCCGCCGCAGGGUCCACCAGGUCAACGGACAUAAGUUCAUGGCCACCUACCUGAGACAGCCCACGUACUGCUCCCACUGCAGGGACUUCAUCUGGGGCGUCUUAGGAAAACAGGGCUACCAGUGUCAAGUGUGUACCUGUGUGGUCCAUAAGCGCUGCCAUGAGCUGAUCAUUACCAAGUGUGCAGGGAUGAAGAAGCAGGAGGACACAGUUGGGGAGACAGUCGGCUCGCAGAGGUUCAGUGUCAACGUGCCGCACAAGUUCAGCAUCCACAACUUUAAAGUUCUCACCUUCUGCGACCACUGCGGGUCUCUGCUGUGGGGUCUGCUGCGACAGGGGCUGCAGUGUAAAGUGUGUAAAGUGAAUGUACACAGGCGCUGUGAGAGUAAUGUAGCUCCUAACUGUGGCGUGGACGCCAGGGGAAUCGCUAAAGUCCUCUCCGACCUCGGAGUCACACCGGACAAGAUCUCCAACAGCGCCCAGAGACGGAAAAAGCUCCCUCAGGGUCAGGACCCCCAGCAGCAGUUAUCAGGGACGCCUCAGACAGAGGAAGAUCGCUCCAAGUCGGCGCCCACCUCCCCGUGUGACCAGGAUGUGAAGGAGCUGGAGAACAUCCGAAAGGCUCUGUCGUUCGACCACCGCGGGGAGGAGCACAAAACAAACACACAUCCCCUGUCCUCGCCCUCCUCUGUCGCUACGGUAACGGGGGAGAGCCACAGGGGGCCAGGCGGCGAGGGAGGCGGUGGCGUUGAAGUGGAGGCACGAGGGGGCCGCGCGAAUGGAGAGGUCAAAGUUCACAGCGCUCCAGAGGUCAAGAGGAUGAACCUGCACGACUUUGUGUUCAUCAAAGUCCUGGGAAAAGGAAGCUUCGGAAAGGUGAUGUUGGCGGAGCUCAAAGGCAGCGACGAGGUCUACGCCGUCAAAGUGCUGAAGAAGGACGUGAUCCUGCAGGACGACGACGUGGACUGCACCCUGACCGAGAAACGGAUCCUGGCUCUGGCCAGAAAACACCCCUACCUGACACAGCUCUUCUGCUGCUUCCAGACUAAAGACCGCUUGUUCUUCGUGAUGGAGUACGUCAACGGAGGCGACCUGAUGUUUCAGAUCCAGCGCUCGAGGAAGUUUGACGAGGCGCGGUCCCGAUUUUACGCCGCCGAGGUCACAUCCGCCCUGAUGUUCCUGCACCGGCACGGAGUCAUCUACAGGGACUUAAAGUUGGACAACAUAUUAUUGGAUGCGGAGGGUCACUGUAAGCUGGCUGACUUCGGGAUGUGCAAGGAGGGGAUCCUCAACGGAGUCACCACCACCACCUUCUGUGGGACGCCAGAUUACAUCGCGCCUGAGAUCCUUCAAGAGCUGGAUUACGGCCCGUCAGUAGACUGGUGGGCUCUGGGGGUGCUGAUGUAUGAGAUGAUGGCAGGUCAGCCGCCUUUUGAAGCCGACAACGAGGACGACCUGUUCGAGUCGAUCCUCCAUGACGAUGUCCUCUACCCCGUCUGGCUCAGCAAGGAGGCUGUGUCCAUCCUCAAAGCGUUCAUGACUAAGAGUCCUAACAAGCGUCUGGGCUGUGUGGUGGCUCAGGGUUUGGAGGAGGCCAUUAAGCUCCAUCCAUUCUUCAGAGAGAUCGACUGGACGCUGAUGGAGCAGAGGAAGAUCAGACCACCGUUCAAACCACGCAUUAAAACCAAAAGGGACGUGAACAACUUCGACCAGGACUUCACCCGCGAGGAGCCCGUCCUGACGCCGGUGGAGGACGGCAUCAUCAAGCAGAUCAACCAAGAUGAGUUCAAAGGAUUCUCCUACUUUGGAGACGAGACUGUGGCCUAAACGAGCACACACACACAUGCACACACACACACACACACAUGCACAUACACAUGCUGUUAACUACAUAUACACACCACCACCACCACCACCACUACUACCACAUGACACCCUAAAAAAGAAAAAAAAAAUCAAGCAAAGACACAGUAUUUAAAGAAACAUGGCCUCUGGAAUGAGGCCUCCUGAACUUUCCCCCCCCGGUUCUGACCUCUCCAGGAAUUAUACUAGACCACCUGUAUCUCUCAUUAAGGUUUUUGUGCUCUUGUUGUUUGUCCAUUUGUGCAUAUGCCAUCAAACUGUAUGCUCCUGCAGCAGCAUGUGCAAGUGCAGCUCAAAUACUGUAAGAAAUGCCCCCACCCCACCCCACCCCACCCCCACCCAGUGCUCCUUUUAGUCAGUCUGGAUGUGUCUCUGAUGCAAGCAACGUGGCAAACGAAACCAAACGCUGUGUUUUCAGAGGAGGAGGAGGAGGAGGGGAGGGGGUAGAAGUAGUUACACAGGCUGUUAGUGUGUGUUGCGUGUGUGCGAGGAAGAUAAUGUGUGUAUAUGAGUGCAUGCAUGCGUAGUUGCAUACCUCUAGAAAGAGUAGGACUUUCAUAUCUGUACACGGUGUGCUGUAUCCUCUGUCUAUCUGUGUUUAAAGAAUGUUUUUUCUUCCCUAAAACAUGUAUGUGAAUGAAAAAAAAAAAUCAUUGAACUAAUGAUUGUAUUUAAAGAAAAAAAAAAAAAGAAACAGGUAUUGAAAAGUACUUUACUCAUUAUGGAAAAAAAAGAUGUCAAAAGGAGAAGCAAGGAAUCAAAGAUUUUUCUGAUGAAAUCAUGAUGAAAUUAGAAUUUUAGUCUCAGUUUUUUGUCAGUGAUUUAUUUUAAAUUUAGGUAAAAACUGGCAAAUUAAAUGUUAACUGCAGAAGAUGCACCACAAAAGCAACACUUUAACAUUUUAGUUUUAUCUCAGCGGUUCUUGUUCGUAUCGUGGAGGGAAGGUUACGUAGUUUUUUCCUUCUCUCUCCUUGUUUUAGCUUCGAUUCUUCCUGUUCUUCAUUAAAACAGAAUGGUACCAUUAGCGGCCAGCUAACACACCGACAGUAGCUCGGCACUGGGAGUGUCCGUUGUUUUAGUGAGUGUGUGCUUACAGUGUUAACAAGCUGUUUUUCAUACGACACGAUACUUGACAUAGAGACACUCGCUCCGAUGAAGCCAAAUAAUGAGCUGAAGCCUAAAAAUGUCGAGGGAGCCCUUUAAAGAGACGAAUCCUUCUCUACUGAAACUCUCGCUGCACCACAAUCUGUCUAGGUCGACUCCUUAAAAUCCCUUCAUGACCACGUGACCCCCUUGAAAUGCUUUGUGUGUGUGUGUGUGUGUGUGUGUGUGUGUGUGUGUGUGUAUACAGUAACGGUGUACUGGACCUACAGUCUCUGACCUGACGAACCGAACCCCCGUGAUUCCACAUUAAAGUCGUGGAUCAUACACACAGGUGAAUGUGUCAGCACAAGUGACUGAAUGUGUGAUAACUGAAUGUAUUUGUCUGCAGGGUGUUUGUGUGUGUAUGUGUGUGUGUGUGUGUGUGUGUGUGUGUGUGUGUGUGUGUACAUACAUUGUCAUCGUGUUUUACUUUUUAUUUAAAGCCUUUUUUUUUGUUGUUGUUUUCUUCAUUGUUUGUUGUUUUUACUGGAUCGUCUCGUCGUUGCUGACGAGUUAAGUUUGUAGAUUUCAUGUCGAUCAGAAACUCCGCCUCUCCGUGCGGCCUGGACAUGGAGGUGAAAUAAGCUUUAAAGAAGCAGAAAAACUAAAAAAGAAGCUCCAUGUUGCAGCUCAGAUUUAUGACUUCACAGUGAACUGAGAAGAAUCCAAACAUCUUCAAGAGAAGUCCAUGUGCAAUACUCUGAAAGAGAGUUAUUUCUAUUUACAUCCUCUCUUUCCACCUUUAUUCUUUUCCUUCCUCUGUCUCUCUCCACACACAUGUUCAGGUACAAAGUGGAAAUCACACACACACACUCACACAAACAUUAGUCAACAUUUCAGUCAGUCAGCCUGUUUCCAAAGUUCCUCUGAGAUACAGUCACAUGCAGCCGUCGUGCAUUAGUGAAAACGUUUCGGCAACUUUAACGUUGACAAGAACGUUUAAUUACGUUUAAUUCUAAGAAACUGUGAGUUUAACUUGAAGCUUCAGUUGAAAAUGAAAUUUGUCCGCAGGCAAUAAUCGACGAAUAAUGAAUGAACGUGUUCUUGGUUUUAAUGGCGCUUUUACAGAAAACUUUUUCCUCGGUUUAAUUAGAACCAAAUUACAUGUUUCUUUUAUGCCAGGAAAUGAUGAGGAACUUACCCACCGGUAAAAUAAACUUUUACCGAAUAGGAAAAAAAACAGGCAAACGCCUCAUAUCAACUAUAAACCCCCCCCCAUAAAGACAUAUGGGUUUUCAACUGGCCAAUUUGAAAGUACACAAAUUAAAAAAAUUGAUUGCAUUUGCUCAAAUAUUACAAAUGUUGUGUCGCAUAAAUUCAUAUUAGAAUUUUUUAAAUUAUUAGAUUGGACUUAAAAAAAAAGUCAUGUGGUGCGACCGUGAUUUAAUUUCAAAUUAUUUCAUUUCCUUUAAAUUUCUUUCUUUUUACAGUUUCUCAAUAAUAUAAAGUGUUUAGAAACAAAGUUUUUCAUUUGUUUAGAGUCUUUGUAAAUAAUGAUUUCAAUUGUGCUUAACAGACUUGAUUUUCCUGUAACUCGCAUAAAACUGAUGAAAAAUGUUUAAUGUUAAUAUUUCAGCCACAGAAAUGAGAUAUUUUAAUAAGUUAAUAUAGUUAUUGCUAUUAUUGAUCGCACCACAUGAUAUUUUGACACUUUAAAUGGCAGAAAAAUGAGAAAUACCUAAAGGUUUUAGAAAAGUUAAAGUGAGAUCAUAUAUGGGAGAGUUUAUAUGUUUAUAUAUAUGUAUCAUUUUGUGAAUUCAAACCUUUUUUAAACUUAAAAAGUUUCUUCACGUGAGGCGUUCAGGGAACAUCUGUCAGGUCGUACACAGAGAUCUCAAGAAUAGCGAUGAGUUACACAGUUCCCUUUCACUCAUCUGCUUUUAUCCAAAGCGACUUACAAGUGUUCUCCAGGCACGAAGACUGUUUCCCCAGCGCUGAGUCGUCUCAUGUGAAAGAAAUCCACAUGAGGGAGCGUCAACAAACAAACGCUUCCAGAGGACGUUUACGACGAGUCAUUCGUCUUUAUAAUCGGUCACCAGCUUAAUGAGUUGGUGCAAACAGGCAGCAAUGAACAUGUAGCAGGAAAAACACAACACACAUGUAGCAGCAGUGGAGUGGAAGAUGUAUUUGAUACAGUAGCGCACACACACACACACACACACACGCACACACACACAUAUGGAUAGCAGUGCAGAUUUAGGACAUUAUAAACAACUUCCACAACAUGUUUAUGCUAUCCAUCAUUUUUUCUCUUCUCCUCUCCUGUUACAUCCUUGUUUAGUCUUAAUUUAAAAAUGUCAAACUGUUUGUCCCACUACGACCCGAAAAAGGACGUUCCCUCCCAGAAGUCCUCCAUGCUAAAUGCCAAAUUCUAUUUCCAAAUUUUCCACUGAAAAUCCCUUUAGAAAAACAAAAUAGGAAGCUACGUUUUUUUUAUUUUAUUUUAUUGUUUUUCACACCACGGGUGAACGGAGUUGGCAUGUGGUCGAUUUCAAACAGUGGAGGCAGUAUUAUGAUUUCACCUACAGUAUCAAACAUUCAUCUUCCUCGGGUCAUAUGCAGAAUGUUACUGUAUGUACAUGUUUUUGUUUUGUUUUGUUUUGCAGUCCCUGUAUUUGUGAAGCUUCGUAUGUACAUUUUGUCAUCUGACCUGUGGUUUUGUUCCUUUAUGAAUUAUUUCCAUGCCUUACAUGUGUGUUUAUGUUAUGUUUAUGAUAGUGAGUUUUUUUGUUUUCUGUUGCGCUGCGUGCCAAAUGUACUGUAUUUUAAAAGGAUGUGAAGGUGUAUUUUAAGUUUUGAAAUGAAUUAAAUAUCAUGAUGUCAGAAAGAAA